CACACGUUUCCUCUUAGGAAUGUGCUCUUUUUAAAACUGGAAUCUGGUCCAGUCAGUACAGUGUUGAGAUAGAAAUUAAAGACUGGAUUGAUACCUUAGAAUGAUUUAGUUCUGAUAUUAUUUAUUUUAUUUCAUCAACAGCUACGCAUUGCAAAACAUAAAAUAAGGCAAUAACAUACAUAUGCACAACCUUGUAUUAAUGUUGGUGAUGAGCCAUGACACAAAAGUGUUACUUACAUGUCAAGGUCUGGGUGGACUGGAAAGCAAAGGCAAAAAGACGUAUUUGCAAACCAUAGUUAUAUUUGCGCAAAUGUCUUAUUUCAAGCAAAGUUGUUAAUAAUACAAAUAGGCUUAAAUAUUUGUUGGCAGAGUUAUUACAGGAAUGCUGUGUUAUUGAUAGUUUACAGGUAAGGGCUGGUACACAAAGAUAACAGAUGUGUUGCCUCUAAUGUUAAAUCUAAUGUUCAUCCAACAAACUAAACCAUGCUCAUGUUAAAUUGAAAAAAAGCAAUCAGGCACAACUGUUGAUUAUGUUUAAAAUAUUUACUGCUUUCUUUACUACUCAGUUGUAUGGGAAGUUGUAUCAUACAGUAGUUUGAGAUAAAAUUCCAUAUGUCUCCUGAUACAGUGCUGGUGUAAUAACGACGCAGGAAAGAAAUCAAAAACUAGAUCGUAGCAUUCGUUUAUGCCAGUAAACUGAAAGCUUGAUUUGUGAGAGUGACACAAAAGCUGAUGUUUCUACUAAAUGUUGGACACAGCACAGCAGUUUUUGGACAUGUGUCUAUAGUUUCAGGAUUUAAGAACUGCUCCAUUAUGAGGUGAUGUUGGCCCUGUGGGUUGGAAGUGCUGGAUGUUUGAGGCCUUAUAUAACCACACCAUUCAGCAUUAAGUGGCACUUAUUCAGAUUAGUGCAGCGCUCGGCUGAAUCACCUAUUUUCACAACACACUGGUACCCACUGAGUGGAGAGCAUCUGGGCUUUGCCAAACAGGCUUUACAUUAUGAACUGAUUUGCAAAUUAGAUUAUCUGUGAUCUUAAUGGCCAUGAAACACCCUUUUAGCGUUUGUGUAUAAGUAGGAAUGUAACGAUACUUUGUGAGACAGUAAAUUUGCGAUACAAACGUGAUGAUUCAAAGCAGUGAGAUGAAAAAUUAAUUGCAAUACUCUUUUUAAACAGCAGAAUGCGCUAUCUACUUUUGACUCCACAUGUUUCACUCGCUUCAGUAGUUGUAUCAAGGUGCAAAGACAUGGUAGUUGCAAGUGAAGAUUUCAAAAGUGAGGAUGCACCACUCGGUUUCAAAUCUAGCUUCCCUAAGUCAGAAAAUUAAAAAGAUGAGAAGAUAACAGACGAGACAAAAAUAGUGUGCAAAUACUGCAAGAGAAUGUUGAACUACACAAAUAGCACAACCAACAUGAUGCAGCAUGUAAAAUGGCACAAUAGUGAGAAGCUCUGGUCACCACUGCCUGAGCAAAAAAAAUUACUAAAAUGCCAAACCACGCCGACAAGCGGAUUUGCAACCCAGCUCGCCCAAACAAGUGCAAGAGCUAAAGAGAUUACAAGGUGCAUUGGUCUUUUCAUUGCAAGAGUUAUGAGGGCAUUUUCUGUAGUUGACAAUGAAGGAUUUCACCUGUUGGUCAACACAUUGGAUCCCAAAUACUGCAUUCCAUCACACCCGCACUUUAGUCAGUCUGUAAUGCCAGUGCUUUACAAGGAAACAAAAUCAAAGGUGGCCUCAGUGAAGCAGAUAGCAUAUCAAUUACUACAGAGGGCUGGAACUCCAGGGCUAUCAAGAGUUAUCUCACAAUCACAGCCCAUGUGAUCACCAGCCAGUGAGAAAUGGUGAGUUUUGUUCUUCACACUCACCAUCUUACCGAAACACACGCUAGGGUCAACGUUGCUCAAGUGUUGAAAUCGGCUGUUACGGAAUGGGAGCUUGAAAGGGCUAAUCACGGUAUUGCUGUCAUCACGGACAAUGCAAGGAAUGUGGAUGUUGCAGUGAGAGGCCGGGCUAGCACCACACAUCAAGUUUUUUGCCCACAUGUUAAACUUGGCCACCCAACCGGGUUUGAGCGUAUCCCGCAUCAGUCGUUUGCUGGGUCGAGUGAGACGAGUUGCAGCCUUCUUCCACCAAAGCUUCAAAGCCACCAGUGUAUUCACAUUUUAACAGAAACCGUUGGAGCUUCCAUCGCGCAAGCUAAUCAUCGAUGUCGCCACACGAUGGAACAGCAGUCUGGAUAUGAUCGAACGCUAUCUGCAACAGAAAGCAGCUGUUGCAGCAGCUCUCCUAAGCACAGACGUCUGACAAAAUGUCAUGAAAUCAAUACUCUGGAUGGCUCAGACAUCAGUGAUGCUGAGGACAAAACAAAAACAACUGUCUCUCAUUGUGCCCUUAAAGCAUAUGAGAAUAGCAUGGCAUUCAAUAAACACUCCCAACAUGAAAAGAGCUACACUCAACAACCUUUCAGACAGAUACACUGGGGAAUACGACUACCUGCAGGAGUGCACUGCAUUGGACCCCAGUUUCUGAACUCUGCCUCAUCCAGAAGAAGAUCAGCACCUAGGAUGUGUUCCACAGGCUGGAGGAGAAAGCUGUGCAGUUGCAACACAAUCAGACUCAUUUCACUGUGGAGGAAAAAGAUAUGGGGGCAGCAGGUACCAGUGGCAUCAUACCUGAAGCAGAACAGCCUGUUGACCAGACGACACUUAUAUGGAGCUGAGCUAGAACAACCUCCUCCCAGUAAGAAAGCACUGGAAGAUCUCCUUGGAGGGACUUUCGUUGAACCAGCAGCAGCACAGUCUAUCAGUGGGAUUGAGGCAGAAAUGGAUAAGUACAGAAGUGAAACAUCAGUUUCCCUCACAAACUGUCCGCUCAAUUGGCCACCUGUCUCCCAAGUGAAAGUGUUUUUUUGACAGCAGGGGACAAAAUGUAGAUAUGCUGAUAUUCCUUAAGAAAACGUAAAUUCCAAGCUAGGAACACAGGCCAAACCUUAGUUUAUUAAUUUGAAGAGAUUUUAUUUAUUUGUAUGAUUCAUUUAUUUAUUUGAUUUGGGAUUUGUUUUAAAAUUCAAUUUAGUUUUUUUGUUAUUUAAGCCAAAUAUUUUCAGUUGGAAAUAUGCAUUGUUUUGCAUGGUUUAUACCCUACCUCAGAAAUAAAAAGGAUGCUUUAAUUUGAUAAAGAAAAGAUAAUAUAUAUAUUUUGUAAAUUGUAGAUGAGAAAUAAAGGAAUCUUUUUCAGUCAUAA